UAGAGGAAGCCUUUCAGUCAACCAGGGGGCGUGCAGCACGCGGAAGUAGGCGGGGACUACGCCACCGACCAAUGAGAGCAGGGUCCGUUGCAGUCUAAGGAGAAGGCGUGGGCGGGCGUUGGAAUUGGGAGCAAAGCAAUCGGGGCUGGUGGUGGAGCAGCGAAGAUGGCGGCGGCCGGGGGCUCCCGGCGUGGUGGCUGGUGCGAAGUUGGAGUCGUGGGGCUUUGUCUCCUGCUGCUCACCGAGGCUUGGGCCGAGCAGAUGGAGGAGCACCUGAAGCGGGAGCAUUCGCUCACCAAGCCCUACCAGGGUGUUGGUUCAUCCACCUCUUCUUUGUGGGAGCUUAUGGGGAACGCUAUGAUCAUGACCCAGUUCGUCCGCCUCACUCCGGAUAUUCAGAGCAAGCAAGGAGCAGUCUGGAACAGGGUGCCUUGUUACUUGAGGGACUGGGAGAUGCAAGUGCAUUUCAAGAUUCACGGCCAAGGCAAGAAGAACCUGAAUGGAGAUGGGUUUGCAAUCUGGUACACCAAGGACCGCAUGCAACCAGGGCCUGUCUUCGGGAGCAAGGAUAACUUUCUAGGGCUGGGAGUGUUUGUAGACACCUACCCAAAUGAGGAGAAGCAACAGGAGGCCCAGAAGAGACGGUAUUCCUCAGGAAAUCAGCGCGUGUUCCCCUACGUCUCGGCCAUGGUGAACAACGGCUCCUUUGCCUACGACCACGACAGGGAUGGCCGGCCCACUGAGCUGGGCGGGUGCACGGCGCUGGUGCGCAACCUUGACCACGACACGUUCCUGGUGAUCCGCUACGUGAAGAGGAGGCUGACCGUCUUGCUUGACAUUGAUGGCAAACACGAAUGGCGAGACUGCAUUGACAUCCCCGGGGUCCUCUUGCCAAGAGGCUAUUUCUUCGGUGUUUCUUCCGUCACUGGAGACCUGUCAGAUAACCAUGACAUCAUUUCCUUGAAGUUGUACCAGCUGACGGUCCAGCGGACCCUGGAGGAGGACAAGCGGGAUAAAGAUGUCUUCCUUCCUGUGGUGGAGAACAUGAAGCUGCCUGGAAUAGACGCUCCAAUGGAACCCAUGAGCAGCCUCGCGCUCUUCCUGAUCGUCUUCUUCUCGCUGGUGGCCAUCGUCUUUGCCAUCGUCAUUGGCAUCAUCGUCUACAACAAGUGGCAAGAACAGAGCCGGAAACGCUUCUACUGAGCGGGGAGUAUCUCGCCCUGUCCUGUGGCGUUCUGCCUUCUGGACCGCUGUGGGUUUUGCUGGCACAGGCGGGCAGGUCUGGAGGCAGCAGCUCUCUGAGAAGCCUGCUCACGAGGGCUCCAGUCCACCUGGACUCAAAACUUUUGACUCAUGGCCUGACCUCUUUUUUUCUUUCUGGCCCCGAAUAAGGGAGGCAGCCAUAUCCCUCCUCUCUCCCCCCGCCCUCACUUUGCCUUUUUUGAGCUGUGGGCUUUUGGCCUGGUGUUCCUACUUGGUUAUAAGCCUACCCCUGCUCAUGUCAUGUGAAGUGGAGCUCCAUGCUGGGGCACGUAGACUGGCCAAGCAGCCGGCCAAGCUGGUGAGUGUCGAGAGGUCAGCCUGCUGUGGGGUGUGAGCCCCACCAUGCUGUUUUAAUAAAAGCGGUCUAGUCGGGAUGUUUUCCUGGGAUGCCUUAACUAGCAACUAGAUGAGGGUUUCUCGGAUUUGGUGGUUGUUGGACUACAACUCCCUUCAGCCCCAAGGCCUUUGAAGACCAACAACUGGGCACCCAAGUUUGAGAAGCUCUCAUCGAGUGCUAGGUCUCUGCCUUGAUGGAUAAGUUUACAUCUGCAAGAGUCAGACUACUGUUUUCUACAAAUAUUUCGUGUGCGAUUUGUGGAGCAGAGGAGGAAUCACGGUGAGGAUGAAUAAAUAUGUUCUCUCUCUCCUCUCCAUCCUAAGGCACAGCAACUUCUCUUCCUCCCUACUUAAAAAGACUUUGGAUUGUGGUCACAUUUUAUCAAGUGUGACACAGUACUUGCUUCAAGCAGGGAGAAUGAAACCUCACACCCUUUGAGUGUUCUCCUUGGAAGUAAGGGGGUGGCACUUGUUUAUCUGCCUUCGGUAAUGGAGAGGGUGCAACUCUGGCCACAGUCUGAGCUCUACUAGAAAACUGUGGGAUGAGUACACCAUGAUGCCUUUCCUCCUGAAGACCCAUUCACACGUUGUUUGCAACACCCGUACAAUGAGUGUGCAGUGUACACAGGUCCAGAUCUGUACACAGCUUCAGCCAUUCACAUGUUAUGCUGAACACAGGUACAGCAGGACACUUCCUGUCUGUACCGUGCAUUUGAAGGGCCUGUAUCUGGGUUCUCUUUCAAAAUGACCACGGGUACAAUCCUUCACACCAACACAAGUGUCCAGGCAUGUGUACACUUGUACAGCAUAGUGUCGGAUUUGGGCCUGGGUCCCUCGGGUUUUGGAGGAAUUCUCGGGCUUCCUCAGAAGCCUGUUUGUGGGGUUUCUCAAGGGGAGGAGUGGGAAUGGUGGCCACGUCUCCUUGGAAGGCUCUAGAGAGCAUUCUUGCUCUGCAAAGGCUAGUGGUGAAGCCAGAAGGGCAGGCUGGAGCUUCGGGAGGGUGCUCCAGAACCCUUUGCAGGAUGCAUCUGCUGCUCAGGCAGGUGGAGGUGAAAAGGGUUGUUUCCCAAGGCAGGACUUCUUCUUCUUUUUAAUUUAAAGGAGGGCAAACUUUGCUCCCUUCUCUUGCUGCUACAUCUUUUCAUAGGCUGACUUCCCUCCCUUUUCUUGGGAGGAGCCUGAUCUUAGCUGCUCUCAGCUGGUGCACUGACAUCCCGUCUGCCUACAGCUCCAAGACCCCCUUUCCUUCCUCGCUCCUGGGAUUUUCCCUUUUUGCAUCUCGGGUCCAUUUUGGUCUUUGCCAAGGAUGCACCUUGGCUGGAGGAAAAUGCCACUUGCUGUCUUUGCAUGGGACUUUGCAAGGGUCACAUGAGAAUCUGUCUUUGCAUGGGACUUUGCAAGGGUCACAUGAGAAUCUGCUGUGACUUUUUAUUUUUAUUUUAAUGCUACUUGCUGGGAAUGUAACUGCCUUCCCCAAGCAACAUAAGCUGCCCCUUCCAGCUUGCCUGCCCAUGCCCCCCCCCGCUAUGUCUGUGGCUUCCUUUUUGAUGCUGCUGAAGAUCUUCAUAAGAAGCAUCUCCCCUCUUCAUAAGAAACAUCACCCUGGUUCUGAACCAAAUGCACAGAGAUCAGUUUGCCACGUCCCUUUCCGAAACAUGAGAAUAUGGCAAGUUGUGGGCCAGACAGGCAUAUCUGCAGUGCAGAUUCAGAUCAAUUUUUUAAAAAAAUAAAUAGUGAAAUGGUCAAUGUUUUAAAGCAGAGGUACCCAACCCGAGGGUCUCCAGCUGCUGUUGGACUACAGCACCCAUCACCCCCACCUAGCUGCUAGAGAUUAUGGUUGGGGAUGAUGGGUGUUGUAGUCCAACAGCAGCUGGAGACCCUCGGAUUGGGCACCUCUGCUUUAAAAGGAAAGAAGUGGGUCCUCCUAACCCAAAAGGUAGGUCACUGGAGCUGCCCCUCUCGCUCUGCAUGUUACCUCAUUCAGUUGGCUCUCACUGACCUUCUGGGGCCUUCUCUCCUUUGCCAUAAAGGCACAGCUGCCUCUCCGCUGUCUGUCUUGUGUCGCUGCCAUAAGUAGGAUGCUUGCUGACUGUCCCUUGGUUAAAAGGGAAGCCGGCGUGGGGCACUCUACCUCCACAGGUGCCUCUGUGGGUCUAGGCCUAUACAAUAGUGUGUGUGUGGGGGGGGGGCUGUGCACAUAUUAGGGCCCAGAACAUCCUGUGUGCCACUGGAGGAAACCUAGCUGGGCUAUUGGUGGAGGACUGUGUUCAUGCAUUGCCUUCUCUGGGUCCCCCAAACACCUGACUGGUCCCUGUUGGGCAAAAGGCUACCAUCCUAGGCUAGGGGCUUCCAACCCUGGGUCUGCAGAUGUGUCUGGACUACACAUCCCACCAUCCCUUGCCAUACUGGCAUGAAAUGAGGUGGGAUCGACAAAGUCCCCUAAAAUAUUGGAGAGCCACUGUCAACCAGGGUGGACAGUACUAGGCUAAAUGCCAGUGCUGGGCUCUUUAAGGGAACUUUAUUCAUACAUACGCACAUAUGUGGUGUAUGCAAGUACCACUACAUCUUUGAAGCUAACCUCUGCAUUGCUCACUCAGGGGCCCCCAGGUGUGCAAAACCCCCUUCCCCUGAGCUUGAUGCUGGACCUGAAGUUCUGCGUUGCUGUCGGGAGGUCUGGUUCUGGUUCCUUGCAGGAGGGACCAAGGACCUCCCUGGCUAAAAAUCACUGAAACGGUCUACCAUGAUUGUAUGAGCCUCACUUGCUGUCGUCCGGAUUGGUGGUGCUCCAGGAGAGGAGAGCAUCUGGCACUGGGGUGAGUUGCUUCAGUGGGACUAUUUGUUCUUUCUCUCUCGGGCGAAGUAGGAAACUCUACAGGUGGAUGAAGCAAUAUGGCAGCUUGAAGUUCUUGCAGAGAAUCCCCACCCCCGAUUGAAAAAUUUAUGUGUCUCUGCCUGUCUUCUCCCCCCAUGUACAUGUAACUUCUGUGUCUUGAAAUAAACACAAAUAUUAAACACUGUA